ACUGCACCGCGCAUUCGAGCACCAUCCAUGCUAAGAUGAGGGAAGCGUUUGAAUGCGUGUGGCUAUUGUAAAUAGCUACACACACACAAAGGGUACUCCGGCGUCACCAUUAGACUUAACACGACAUCUCCUUCGCGUGGUUUACUCGUUGGCUACUGACACACGCGUAGUUUUCUUCCCAGCUCCAUUGACGGGUGAGUUUUUCGCCAUGUUAACGUCUGUUCCCACUAGGUUGUUUGCACGAAGGUCGCGAAGCCUGUCGCCGUGCAAGCGCGUCCUCCAGACUAGUUCGGCCGCCCCUGCGUGCCAGGUCAUAAUAAGCGAGCCACCGGCGGAUAAUAACCGCAACCCCAUAGUGUCCACCUCCCGGGUGUCAAGACGGGGGAUUUUGGCAGAUGACACCGCUGCUAACAACGUGAGCCAGUCGGUGCAGUAUCAUCACCUCGCCCCUAGAUGGCUGUCCAGUCUGGAGAACCGCCGCAGCUCAUGGGCCGCGCUGGCCAGCAGAGGGCGCAACAACAACAUGUACUGGGAAGAUGGUGGUCAGAGAGCUGGAGGUGACGGCGGGGGUACCGGUGGAGCCGCCAGCCCGCUGAGAAUGGCCUCGGCCGGCCUGCUAUCUGCUGCUGCUGUGGCCUUCUGCCUGAAGAAAGACUCUGAUGACAAAGGUGAUGCCCUUUUGGAGGCAGCAAGGACCAAUAACGCCCAAGAUGUGGCCAGACUGUUGCAGGAAGGGGUGGACCCAAAUCACAGACACCGUCUUGGUUGGACCCCUCUAAUGGUGGCUGCCAUUAACCGUCAGCACAGUGUGGUAAAGGUUCUGCUUGAAGCUGGUGCUGACCCAAAUGCUGGCGAUCACUUCAACAAUGUUUAUGACACCUCAAGGGAGAUAGGCAUCCACUCACUGGAAGUCCUGGUGUCCAGAGAGGAUGAGUUCAGCAGCAGGCUCAGCAGCAGGGCUGGUUUCCGCGGCUGUUCAGCACUUCACUACGCCACCCUGGCUGAUGACCCGUGCACCGUCCGCAUGCUGCUAGAGUUUGGUGCCAACCCUUUACAGGCCAAUGGUUUGGGACACACUACACGAGCCUACGCGAAAGACGGAGAAGUGAGCACACUUCUGCAGGAGUGGGAAGGCAAGUUUCAGGAGGCGCAGGCUCGGCGGGAGGCGGAGGAGAGGAGGAGGUUCCCCCUGGAGAGGAGGCUGAAGGAGCACAUCAUCGGACAGGAAGGGGCCAUCAAUACUGUGGCUUCAGCCAUCAGAAGGAAGGAGAACGGUUGGUACGAUGAAGAGCACCCGCUCGUGUUCCUCUUCCUAGGCUCCUCAGGAAUUGGAAAGACAGAGCUGGCCAAACAGGUGGCACGUUACAUGCACAAGGAUGUCAAAAAGGGGUUCAUCCGAAUGGAUAUGUCUGAGUUUCAGGAAAAACAUGAGGUAGCGAAGUUCAUUGGCUCACCACCAGGAUAUGUUGGACACGAGGAAGGGGGUCAGCUGACCAAGCUGCUGAGGGCGUGUCCUAACGCCGUCGUCCUGUUUGACGAAGUGGAUAAGGCUCACCCUGACGUCCUCACCAUCAUGCUGCAGCUCUUUGACGAGGGUCGUCUUACAGACGGCAAGGGGAAGACCAUCGAGUGUAAGGACGCCAUCUUCAUCAUGACGUCUAACGUUGCGAGUGAUGAAAUUGCCCAGCAUGGGCUACAGCUACGGCAGGAAGCAGAGGAGGUCACCCGCAGGAAGCUGGCUGAUAAUCUCGAGGAUGUACAGAAAGGUGAUGACAUCAGAAUUUCCAGACAAUUUAAGGAGUCUGUCAUUCGACCAAUCCUGAAGGCACAUUUCCGGAGGGACGAGUUUCUGGGUCGGAUCAAUGAAAUUGUCUACUUCCUGCCGUUCUGUCACUCCGAGCUGCUCCAGCUGGUCAGCAAGGAGCUGAGCUUCUGGGCUAAGAAGGCCAAGCAGCGCCAUGACAUCACCCUUCAGUGGGAUCGGCCCGUCCUGGAUCUGUUGGCGGGCGGUUACAACCUGCAUUACGGUGCACGCUCCAUUAAGCAUGAGGUGGAGCGGCGUGUGGUCAACCAGUUGGCCGCGGCCUACGAGCAGGAGCUGCUGCCCAAAGGCUGCACGCUGCGCCUCUCCGUCCAGUCGGAGGGCCACGAGGAGCGGGGCGCGCCCAGCCUGCGCCUGGAGGUGGUCGGGGACGACAGCUCGGCCAGGACGCUGAACAUCCGCCCUCCGCUCAGCCCGGAACACUAACGGUCGGGAAUGUCUUUUAGCAAUAAAAGUACCUCACGUCA